AUGUCAAUCGGCGUGGCUCGUGGCCGGGAGGCCCUUGUAGUCAGCGCUAUAUUCACAACUUUAUCUACAAUUCUCACAGCGAUCCGCAUUUACACACGGGCCUUCCUGGUGAGGCAAAUGGGAUCUGAUGACUGGUCUAUCAUUGUGUCUUUGGCCUUUAGCUGGGGGUUCUUCGGUCUUUUUGUUGGAGAGACCAAAUACCUGAUGGGUGAACAUUUUUUGCUCAUUCCCACGGAUAUCUAUACCAAACAGAUGAUGUGUUUCUGGGCUUCAGUACCCAUCUACCAGGCCAGCCUAAUCACCACAAAAGCCUCAAUCCUUCUGCAAUACAGACGGGUGUUUUCAACAACCCCCCGGAUGCGAUUCGCCUGCUGGUGUUUGAUUGGAUUUCUCGUCGUUUACGGAGUAUGGGUCUUCAUUAGCGCGUGGCUUAACUGUAUCCCCGUCGCAAAGUUCUGGGAUGACGAUAUUCCGGGAUACUGUCUCAACAAGAAGGCCCUUUGGUUCUCCAACUCGGGAAUCCACAUCUUUACCGAUGUUCUGCUCUUGAUCUACCCUAUGCCAGUCCUACGAAGCCUUCAACUCCCGAAGCGGCAGAAGUUUGCGAUCAUGGGAGUCUUUGCCCUAGGGAUAUUUGUCCUGAUCACAAGUAUCCUACGCUUGAAGAGUCUCCUCGUCAUCUCCAACUCCGCCGACCCAACCUACGACAACCCCUCAGCAGCAACCUGGUCCGCAGUCGAAUGCAACGUCGCCAUCAUCUGCGCCUGCCUCCCCGCCACAAAAGCCUUCAUCUCGCGCCUGGUCCCCCGAUUCUUCUCCACCGGCGGCAACACCUACAAGUACCAAAGCAGGAGCAAAUACAUCGACACCCACGGCGGCGGUGGCCGCAGCCACAACCCCCACGUCUCCAACGUGCAGACCUCGAUCGCCGCCUACAACAACCGGCCAGAGUACCACAUGAGCACGCUCAAGAGCCCGAAAGACCCGCGCACGAACAGCGUCGAUAGCAAAGUUUCGUCUUCCUCGGGAGGAGAAGAUCAGGCCCAGCGCGGCGAAAUCAAGGUGACGACUAUGAUUUCGACGCAAUUUGGUUCGGGGGCGCCCCGGGAUGGAGACGAUGACUCGAGUGUGCAGAAUUUGGUGCUGAAAUGA